AUGGAGGAAGAAGCGAGUGGUAGUUUUGACAGCAUGUACAACGCGUUCCGUAGUCUGGAGGCGUUGAACAGUCGACUGUCCCUCGGACUCCAGACGGUGUAUCUCGUUCUCAGCCUGGUGGUGGCUGUGGGUUGUGGCCUGCUGCUCAUCUACCUGGUCUGGAAGAAGGAGUAUCUCCGAAAGCCCCGCCACUACCUGCGGUGUAACCUGGCAGUAGACGACAUCAUCUUCACAACCUGCAUCAUCACCACCGAGAUCUGCUUCCUCUUCAGUCAAGACGACACCAACGACCAACAGUUCUGUAUGGUCCAAGUGCUGGUGGUUCACCCGUCCACAAUAUGCAUGUUUGGUACCUACCUGCUCAUGGCCAUAGAGCUGUACUACUUCAUCUGCAAGCCGCUCCACUACAACGGAGAAGUCACCACAAAGCGCGUCGCCAUCGGCAUCGUUGCAGUCAGGGCAAUCGCCAUGAUCUUCGGGUUUGGGCCGCUGGUGGUGAAGCGACUGCAGAGCUCGGGAGACAGCCUGCGGUGCGGUCCCGAGCCCAUCGGCAGCACCAGCGCGUCCGCCGUCUUCAGGAGCGUCGGUCAGGGCGGGAUCGUGCUCGCCGUCCUCGUCAUCUUCCUGCUCUACUUCUUCGUCUUGAAGGAAGCCAGGAAACAGCAGGAGAGAGACGAGCAUCGCAACCUGUGGCUCUGCCAGACCAAGGCCUUCAGAACGAUGGCACCGCACGCCAUUGUUGUCAUCGUGUCGGCAGCAACCCUGGCCUUCGUCAGCGCCUCAUUUAGGUCUCUCUUCAACGGAGAUGGACGAAAAGCGGCAGCCUCCCUGCUCCUUACAGCUCAAGUGGCCAAGUUGCUGAACAUAACCGUCUCAUCGAUGGUCAACCCCAUCGUCUACAGCUUCGGGCGCCCGGAGUUCCGGCGAGCUCUGAGGGAGCUGUGCAGCAGGCCUCCGGACGCACUUGUGGCACAGGGCAUGAAGAUGGCCGUCUUCAACAUCCACAUCGCACCAACAACGCCACGGGGAGAGCGCCAGCAGGGAAAGGAGGCUCCCCGCAGUCCGGUCCAAACACAGGCAACUGGUCAGGAAGCGCCACUUCCAGGACAGUGCACACAGCAGACGCCCCAACCAAACCGGCCCGUGGUCCUCACCGUACAAGCAGAGGUGCACGCCAGCCCACCGCCACGCCCCCAACACCACGGACAGAAGACAGCCCCUCCUGAACAACACAGACAGCCAGAGGUGCACCCCAGCCCACCGCCAUGCCCCCAACACCACGGACAGAAGACAGGCCCUCCUGAACAACACAGACAGCCAGAGGUGCACCCCAGCCCACCGCCAUGCCCCCAACACCACGGACAGAAGACAGCCCCUCCUGAACAACACAGACAGGAGUUGGGGGGAAUUUCCGCUUCGAUGUCAGACACCCCCAUGGAUGUGCAUCUCACCAGUCUCCGAAUCCUUGUAGAUGACUCGGAUCCCGGAGACGCCAAAAGCAAUAUUGUCUGA